UCCAGGGCAGCUCUGUGGACAUGGACGUGUUCCAGAAGGUGGAGAAGAUUGGAGAGGGCACCUAUGGGGUGGUGUACAAGGCCAAAAACAAGGAGACUGGACAGCUCGUGGCCCUCAAGAAGAUCAGGCUGGAUUUGGAGACCGAGGGGGUCCCAAGCACUGCCAUCAGGGAGAUCUCCCUGCUCAAAGAGCUUAAGCACCCCAACAUCGUCAGGCUGCUGGACGUGGUUCACAGCGAGAAGAAGCUUUACCUGGUGUUCGAGUUCCUUAGCCAGGACCUGAAGAAGUACAUGGACUCUACCCCGGCCUCCGAGCUCCCCCUGCACCUAGUUAAGAGUUACCUCUUCCAGCUGCUGCAGGGGGUGAGCUUCUGCCACUCGCAUCGGGUCAUCCAUCGAGACUUGAAGCCCCAGAAUCUGCUCAUCAAUGAGUUGGGGGCCAUCAAGCUGGCUGACUUCGGACUGGCUCGAGCCUUCGGGGUGCCCCUGCGCACCUACACCCAUGAGGUGGUGACACUGUGGUAUCGUGCCCCUGAGAUCCUCUUGGGCUGCAAGUUCUACUCCACUGCUGUAGAUAUCUGGAGCAUCGGUUGCAUCUUUGCAGAGAUGGUGACCCGCAGAGCCCUGUUUCCAGGCGACUCUGAGAUUGACCAACUCUUCCGUAUCUUUCGGACCCUGGGGACACCCAGUGAGGCCAUGUGGCCAGGAGUCACCCAGCUGCCUGACUAUAAGGGCAGUUUCCCCAAGUGGACCAGUAAGGGGCUGGAGGAGGUCGUGCCCAGCCUGGAGCCAGAGGGCCAGGACCUGCUCUUGCAACUCCUGCAGUACGACCCCAGCCGGCGGAUCUCAGCCAAGGCCGCCCUGGCCCACCCGUACUUCUCGUCCACCGAGACCUCCUCAGCGCCCCACCAGUGUGUGCUGGAGCCUUUCUGCCGCUGAGAAUGUGCAAGGCCCAUUGCCUCAAAGCCCUUCUGCAGCCGCCCCCCCCACCCUGCCGCCGCCGCCUCCCUAUUCACUCCCCAAGAAAGGGGACACACCUGGGGACAGAGCAGUUUGGCAUCAGCUGUCCAAGGGCUGAGUUUGGGUUAGUCCUGCCAGCAGGCUAGCAAGUUCCUGUGUUGUUUGCUGGGUUUGCCUUUUCAAGAUGGGGGGACAGAAGCCCCCUGCCUGAGGAGGCCCAUUAGAGGCGGGGUCCCUGGGCACCAGACUGGCAGGUGCCAAGGAGAGCAGAAAGCCUGCCCGGGCCGCCAGCAAGGCCCUCCUAGCGCCCCUUGGCCGCCCCACCCUUGGCUGCAGAG